AUGCCUCCUCUCCAACGUCAAGCCGACUUCUUGAGCGACUCUGAACACUCUCAGAUCACUGCUACUCCAGAAGAGCCUCUGAUAAAGACGGUCGAUGUAGAUGAAAUUGAUCAAGCUCUCCACAGCAACAAAAAGUCUGUUUCGUUUGGAUCCAUCCAAAUACGCGAGUACAACCGCGUUGUCGGAGAUCACCCCGAUGUCCAAGUGGGUCCUCCCAUUAGCAUUGGUUGGGACUUUGUGGAACACGAAUCCAAAUCACUGGACACAUACGAAGCCGAUCGACCACCCCGCAAAUUCCUGAGGCGCUUGUCCAGUAUUACCCGUAAGAAUAUGCUGGCCAACGUGUUUGGGGUACCCGAAGAGGAGAUUCGAGCGGCCGAAAAGGAAGUGCAAGCCAUUAUCAAGUCUCGGGAACGCACCAACAAGGCCAGCAAGCGAGGAAGCGCACUCAAGUCUGCCACGAAAAAGAUGAAGCGGGUCAUGCUCGGCGAGUCUCUCAUGAAGGGAUUGGCGGCUGCCGCUGGGGCCAUGAUGCCCGUCCACACGCAAGGCACUUCCAUGGGCGGUUUGACCGUCUAUUAA